AUGGCGGACGAUGAACCAGUCAUCGCCUCGGCCGUCGUCGUGCCAGAGAGCUCCGCGCCAGCCUCGCCGCGCGACAACCCGCAGAAGCGCAGGCAAUCCUCCGUCUCCGAAGCCGGUAGCAAGCGCCCUCGCCUGAGCAUAGACGACACCAACAAUGACUCUCAGGACGGUCCCCGCCACCAGAAUGACUCGCCCACGGACCGCCGCGCCGACCGCCGCCGGAGCGGUGCUGUUGAGGAGCGCAAGCGCGGCCAGCGUCUAUUCGGCGCGCUACUCGGCACCCUCUCCCAGAGCUCGUCGACUGCGGCCCAGCGCCGUCGGGCGGACAUCGACAAGAAGCAGCAGGAGAAGCUGAAGCUGCAAGCACAAGAAUUCGACCAGCGGAAGAAGCAGCGUCUGGAGGAGCUCAUGGUUGUCAGGCGGCGCGAGCAAAAGAAGUUCGAUGAGCAAACGAUGCGGAUCCGCCACUCCAACAUACUCGCCCAGGCGCAUUUCCUCCAGACCAAGACAGAACCCAAGCUGUUCUACAAGCCAUGGGAGCUGCGCCCGGAAGAAGAGGAUAUCAUCAAGGCCCAGGUUGAAGAGGCAGAAGCCAGCAUUGAGAGGGAGCUCGCAGAGUUCGAGAGACGAAAGCAAGCCGAGGAGGAAGCGACACCCGAGAAGGAAGCUGAUGCAGAGGCUCACAAGACUGAGGACAUGGUGGGUUCAGAGCAAGCCAAUGAACCUCCCAAAUCUCCUCAAGAGCAAGAUAACGCUGCUACUAGUGAUGACCAGGUCGACCCCGUCUCGCACCCGGACAGCCAGGAAAACGGACAUGCCGCCAAGGACCACGACAACAAGGCCAAGGAGCACCACGACGACCACGGAGAGGAGGUGCUCGAAGCAGAGGAGGAUACUGUAAUAUACUAA